UAAAACACUUGUUACUUCUUUCCUCCCCGAUUUCAUAUCUGUUUGCCACAGUUAGGUACCAGGUAGCUAACUGUAUUCGUGAAGAUGGCGCAAAUAGAUCUGAAGGUGGUUUUUAUUGAUUGCGAUGUGCAUUUGCUCGAUUUUGUGUGCCGACACGCGCGCACAAGAGUCGGAGGUGACAACAGCGGGGGAGGAAGCCGGGAACGGCCGCGCGCCUGGCGUCCACUGCUCCUGCAGCUGCGCCCUGCCCGCGCCGGCCGAUCGACAAACCUGCGACAGCGUCGGCCGCAUGCAGUCGGACCUGGACGCGCUGCUGGCAUGGAAGGGCACCGCUACCAACCUCCUGCAUCACCUCAAGAACUCCUUACAGAGAGUCAGCGAGCGUCUAGAAGGCGUCUCCGGGACGGGGAGCUCAACAGAUACCACAGAGCUCAAAGUCCUCGCGUACAACUUGACCACUGGUCUUUCCAACAAGUUGAGCCGACAGUUGGAAGAGGCGACGGAGAGGAUAAUUUGGGAAGUUAAAGGGCCAUAUCCACUUGGCGUGGAGUCCGGUGCGAUCCCUGACGCCCAGAUGACAGCUUCCUCGGAGUACAACGGUGAUCAAGGACCGAGGAGAGGCCGUCUGUACACCGUGGCGGAUGGAGGAGGUAUCGGCACAUGGUGCGUGAAAACGAACGACGGUAACCAGUGGCUUCAGGUUGACCUAGGAAAGCUGGCUGAGGUGUGGGGCGUGGUGACACAAGGCCGGUUCCGUGACUAUAAACAGUGGGUGACAACUUACAAACUGAGCUUUAGCACAGACGGCAACACGUGGCGGCCUUACAGAGACAGCUCUGGGCGACAAAAGGUCCUGCAGGUAACAGCGACGGGGACACACCACUACGCCACCUACUGGCCGAGCCCGUCACUGCACGCUAUGUCCGCUUCCUGGUCGUGACCUGGAACAACUACAUUUGCAUGCGUGUGGAAGUACUGGGCAGGUUUGUGUAAGAGCCGCAACAAGAGGACCUGAAGUGAGGCUAGCACCAACUGGCACUGGCGGUCACCAGACACACAAAAAUAUCUAAAUUGGCCAUGGCCAAAUAGCCCACAUAAUUGGUCUGAAGAGUAAGUCGACCUUCUUUGACAAGCUUACCCUUCUGCUCCUAGCAAAUGUUUCACCUAAUUUUCAUCAAUAUGCAACAGAGGGGUUUGAUGGAGAGUUAUUAGUUAGGGAGAAGACGACUUCCAGUGUCUACAGUAAAUUUCUUUUUACUUUAGUUUUAUUUACUUUACUGUCUUAAAUUUUGUUCUAUUUAGUUAAAGGCACCCAAGCGAUUUCAGCGCAGUAAUAUAUAUCAUCGCUAACUGUGUCAUCAGUGUGACUUUAGAUCAGCGCCCGAUUGUGCAGAGAUUUGACAUUUGAUAGCAUAAAGCUGGUACCGGUACGUAGGUACUUCAGCACUCAUUAAAGUGUACCAAGGCCCGCGGCAUGUUGGGAUUCCACUAAGAAGGUUUCUGUACCCGUCGAGAUAGGAUUUUCAUACUACACAAGAUGAAAAGCAGGCGCAAAUGGAAUGUUUUUGUUUUCUGUGAGCUACAUGUAGGCUUCGAAAUAUCGUUAUAGCUAUAUCGUCUUACAGUUGAAUAAAGUUGAAGUUCU